AUGGUACCUUUUGUCCAAUAUACACAGGAUGAACUGAUCCGAAUCGCAGAAGCCCUAGAUAAGCAAUUGGGACCAGAAUUUAUAAGCAAGAGAAAGGGACCAGGAUACAACAGCAUACAAUAUUUGGAGGGCUGGAAAGCGAUAAAUUUGGCAAAUAACAUAUUUGGACCUAACGGGUGGUGCACAGAGCUUAAGAACUUCCAGGUGGAUUACAUUGAUGAAAGAGGUGGAUCUAUCAGCAUGGGGCUUAGUGCAAUAGUACGAGUUUCACUUAAGGAUGGGACAUUUCAUGAAGAUAUAGGAUAUGGGUCUAUCGACAAUUGCCGGACAAAAAGUGCGGCAUUUGACAAGUGUAAGAAGGAAGCAGUUACAGAUGGAAUGAAGCGAGCACUUCGACAAUUUGGUAAUGCUUUAGGUAAUUGUCUUUAUGAUAAAGAUUUCCUUUCCAAGAUCACCAAAGUGAAGCAGCCACCGAAGAAUUUUGACGAGGAAAACUUGAUGAGGGUUUCUGUGAAGAAAGAAAAGCCUGAUUUAAAUAUAGCGAGUACCAAUAAACUUGGAGCUAGUAAAGACACUGCAACCAUAAAGUCUUCAGCCAUAACCAAACGGGUUGGCCCUACAAGAUCAUCUCAGGCAGCAAGUGAUGAUUCCUUUUUGUUCAGUGAUGAUUGGCCCGAAGAGCUUAGUCAGAAAGAUGAUUUUGCAGAAAAGCCAAUUCCUGACUCUGAGCCUGAGCAUGAUAUCAGCAAUGAUAACGCGGAUAACAACAAGAACUCUGGACCAAGUACCAUGGAAAAUAACUCUACAAAGUCUUCUAUACCAGCAAAUGUGACAUUUGUGGCUGCAAAAAGCGCUGAGAGUAUAUUGAAAGACCCCUCACUUCAAACCAGUCUGAAGUAUGACCCAAGCAAGCAAUCGCAAAUAUCAAAAUCCACAUUUAUUAACCAUGCCAGAUCUGGGCCCGUGAAAAGGUCCACUGUUUCUGCCUUUAAAAAGAGAGAUGAUAAUAAGGAAAAUAGUGUUUUGGGAAAUAGAAUUACGAGACAGGCGUCAUCAUCCGGCAAAAGAUUAGGGCUGUCAUCCAACAUACAACCAAGCAAAAGGAUGUGUAAAUAG